CUUCUUCCUCUUCUUCUUCCACGGGUCACCACUGGUUGUUGAUCCACUUGCGGGCCGGACCAGACAGAUAAACUGCCAGAUAAGAGCAUUGCCGCGGCAAGUCCACGUGAUCCCAUUUAUAUACGGGCACAUACAUACGCCAAUCCCAUCCCCCUUGACCUGACCUUGAGAUCUUGAUCGGAUCAAGCUGGUCCAAGAAACAGGCCGGCCACAAAGCUCUGGUCUGUUGCCGGCCAGGACAGGCAUGGAGGAAGACCAGAGCCCGGGGCUCGGGCUCGCCGGAGAGACGCCUGGUCUCAAGCACGGCAAUGGCGUCGGCGACAGCCCGGAGGACCCUGCAGGGAGCGCCGGCGACGGCAUCAGCUCCCUGGAGAAGCCCCUGCUGAAGAGAAGCAACACGCUCACCUCCAGCCACCUCGCCAUGGUCGGCGCCAAGGUCUCGCACAUCGAGAGCCUCGACUACGAGAUCAUCGAGAACGAUCUGUUCAAGCACGACUGGAGGAGCCGGUCCAACGUGGAGGUGCUGCAGUACAUCUUCCUCAAGUGGUCGCUGGCGUUCCUGGUGGGGCUCCUCACCGGCGUCAUCGCGUCGCUCAUCAACCUCGCCAUCGAGAACAUCUCCGGCCUCAAGAUGCUCCACAUGGUCCACCUCGUCAGGGAGAAGAGGUACUGGGCCGGCUUCUUCUACUUCUCCGGCUUCAACUUCGUGCUGACGUUCAUCGCCGCCGUGCUCUGCGUCGUCUUCGCCCCCACCGCCGCCGGCCCCGGCAUCCCCGAGAUCAAGGCCUACCUCAACGGCGUCGACACGCCCAACAUGUUCGGCGCGCCGCAGCUCAUUGUCAAGAUCAUAGGCAGCAUCUGCGCGGUGUCGUCGGGGCUGGAUCUCGGCAAGGAAGGCCCGCUGGUGCACAUCGGCGCGUGCCUCGCCAACCUGCUCAGCCAGGGCGGCUCCGGCCGGUUCCGCCUCCGCUGGAGGUGGCUGCGCUACUUCAACAACGACCGCGACCGGCGGGACCUCAUCACCUGCGGCGCGUCGUCGGGCGUGUGCGCGGCGUUCCGGUCGCCCGUGGGCGGCGUGCUGUUCGCGCUGGAGGAGGUGGCGACGUGGUGGCGGAGCGCGCUGCUGUGGCGCACCUUCUUCAGCACGGCCACCGUGGUGGUGGUGCUGCGCGGCUUCAUCGAGGUGUGCCGCGGGGGGCGGUGCGGCCUCUUCGGCGAGGGCGGGCUCAUCAUCUUCGACGUCAGCGACGUCACCGUCCGGUACCGGCUGGGCGACCUCCUCCUGGUCACGCUCGUGGGCGUCAUCGGCGGCGUCCUCGGCGCGCUCUACAACCACGUCCUCCACAUGGUGCUCCGCCUCUACAACCUCAUCAACGACAAGGGCCGGAUGGCGAAGCUGGCGCUGGCGCUGGCCGUGUGCGUGUUCACGUCGGCGGGGCUGUACGUGCUCCCGUUCGCCGUGCCGUGCACGCCGUGCGACCCGGCGUUCGGCGCCGCGUGCCCGGCCACCGGGAGGAGCGGCAACUUCAAGCAGUUCAACUGCCCCGCCGGGCAGUACAACGACCUGGCCACCCUCCUGCACGCCACCAACGUGGACGCGACGCGCAACAUCUUCUCCACGGGCACCCCCGGCGAGUUCCGGCUGGACUCGCUGCUCAUCUUCUUCGCCAUCUACUGCGUGCUGGGGCUCUUCACCUUCGGCAUCGCCGUGCCGUCGGGGCUCUUCCUCCCCAUCAUCCUCAUGGGCGCCGCCUACGGCCGCAUCGUGGCGCUCGUGCUCCAGAGCACGGUGGCGGCGAGCAUCGACCACGGGCUCUACGCCGUGCUCGGCGCGGCGGCGCUCAUGUCGGGAUCCAUGAGGAUGACCGUCUCGCUCUGCGUCAUCUUCCUGGAGCUGACCAACAACCUCCUCCUCCUCCCCAUGACCAUGUUCGUGCUGCUCAUCGCCAAGACCGUCGGCGACGCCUUCAACCCCAGCAUCUACGAGAUCAUCCUGGACCUCAAGGGGCUCCCCUUCCUAGAACCCAAGCCGGAGCCGUGGAUGAAGGACCUCACCGUGGGCGAGCUCGCCGCCGCCAAGCCGCGCACCAUCAGCCUCCAGGUCGUCGAGAAGGUGUCCACCGUCCUGGAGGUGCUGCGGAACACCGGCCACAACGGGUUCCCGGUGGUGGACCGGCCGCGGCCCGGCCUGUCGGAGCUGCACGGGCUGGUCCUCCGGUCGCACCUCGUGGCGGUGCUGAGGAAGCGGUGGUUCCUUUUGGAGAAGAGGAGGACGGAGGAGUGGGAGGCCAGGGAGCGGUUCUCGUCGGUGGAGCUCGCCGACAAGAACUGCAAGAUCGACGGCCUGGAGCUGACGCCGGAGGAGCUGGAGAUGUACAUCGACCUCCACCCGUUCACCAACACGACGCCCUACACCGUGGUGGAGACCAUGUCGGUGGCCAAGGCCGUGGUGCUGUUCCGCUCCGUCGCGCUCCGGCACAUGCUCAUCAUGCCCAAGUACCAGGGCCCCGAGAUAUCUCCGCUUGUGGGGAUCUUGACGAGGCAGGACCUGCGGGCGCACAACAUCCUCGGCGCGUUUCCUCACCUCGCCAAGAAGAGCAAGACGCACUGAAGCUGAAAGCUACUAGCACCAUUUUUGUUUUGGGAAUUAUUACUGUCGACGUGUUUCCUGUCUUGAAGCAAGAGCCACGAUUCUUUCUUUUCUUCCUCAUUCUUCUCUGUAAGUAGGUUCAGGAUUUGCUUGCGUCCCAUUUUUCUUUUCUUCGGGGAAUGGCUGAAUAAUUUGCUGCCCAUGUAAAAUUACACAUACGCCUAAGAUGCAAUAAGCAGAGUUGUUUCAAUUUUUUCUAA